GGCUUAAAAAGCAAGCCUAAGAAGAAGGGUCACAUUCAGCCUGAUCUGAUCGACGUGGAUUUAAUCAGAGGCUCUACGUUUGCUAAAGCCAAGCCUGAAAUUCCCUGGACAUCACUAACUCGGAAAGGACUUGUGAGAGUUGUAUUUUUUCCAUUAUUCAGCCAGUGGUGGAUACAGGUCACUUCCCAGCGUAUUUUUAUGUGGCUUCUGGUGCUCUAUGUUAUGCAAGUCAUAGCAGUUGUGUUGUAUUUCAUGAUGCCUGUGGUGAAUGCAAGUGAAGUCAUGGGACCAAUGUGCCUUAUGUUGCUGAUGGGAACUGUUCACUGUCAAAUAGUGUCUACUCAGAUCAACAGACCUUCAGCAAACAACGGGCUCAGCAGGCGGAGGAGGAAGUUACGCAAAUCUGGGGGUGUCGAUGGGAACAGUUGGUCUUCUCCUGACAAAACCAGUAAAGAAGAGCAGUCAGAGUCUGCGUCCAUUCUUAACAAUUUAUUUAGUAUGCUUUUCCAAAGGAGGAUUAGAAGAGUGAAGUUGGUAGCUGAGAAAGGGACUGAGACAGAGAAUGGUGUGAAUGGUGUGAAUAAUGGCAUUAGACACAGACCCGCCAGAUCUGAAUACAGGCUGCUGCACUUCAAAGAGAAAAAUAAACUUUCUGAUGGGGAAAAGAGCCAUCAGGAUGACUGCACCAACAGAGGUGGUGUUUCUGAUGAGCUUUCGAGUGAGGAGGAGGCUGAAGCAAUGGCACAACGGAUCCUGUUACGCCAGAAUCUAGAAGGGGCUUCCAGUGACAACAGCUGUGAGGAGAAGAAAGAGAGGCCUCUUGUUUCUCUGAACCAGGCUGUCUCACAGGUCAAAGAAGCUCUGAAAAGUACCAGAGACUCUGAUAGUGUCAUGGAAUCUGAACUAGAAUCCACAUUAUACAGUCAGGACUCGAGGUCCUGCAUUAAUGUGGGACCCCGGAGCUGCAGCGUGACCCGCAGGGACUCCGAAAGCACUCGCCAUGACUCGGAGACAGAAGACAUGCUCUGGGAUGAUCUGCUUCACGGGCCCGAGUGUCGCUCGUCCUGCACCAGCGACAGCGAGGAGAUGACUGUGAGGGAUUCCAGGCGGGAUGCCAAGGAAGAUGUUUUCCAGCAGAACCAUCUGUUUUGGCUGCAGAAUACAAGUCCAGCAUCUGCAAAAGUGAGUGCACUAAUCUGGGAAGGGAAUGACUGCAAGAAGGUGGACAUGUCUGUGCUGGAGAUCAGUGGGAUCAUCAUGAGCAGGGUUAAUGCUUACCAGCAAGGAGUGGGCUAUCAGAUGCUGGGAAACAUCAUUACCAUCGGACUAGCAUUCCUACCAUUCCUCUACAGACUCUUCCGCACAGACAACCUGGAGCAGCUCUGCUCCAUUUCUCUAAAGGAGCUUUUGCACAUCUUCUGUGGAGCACCUGCGAGCACUCCGGUCAUUGUUUUGUCUGCAAUCAACUUUCUUGAAAGACUUUGCUUAACUUGGAUGUUCUUCUUCAUGAUGUGCGUUGCUGAACGAACAUACAAACAGAGGUUUUUGUUUGCCAAGCUUUUUAGUCACAUCACAUCUGCUCGGAAAGCCAGGAAAUACGAAAUUCCUCACUUCAGACUCAAGAAGGUAGAAAACAUUAAGAUCUGGUUAUCCCUUCGUUCCUAUCUAAAGAGGCGAGGCCCCCAGCGGUCCGUGGAUGUUGUUGUGUCAUCAAUCUUUUUACUGGCUCUUUCAAUCGCUUUUAUAUGCUGCGCCCAGGUUCUUAAGGGUCACAAAACAUUUCUGAAUGCAGCUUACAACUGGGAGUUCCUCAUCUGGGAGGCAGCCCUUCUUCUCUUUUUACUACGCCUGGCAUCUUUGGGCUCUGAAACCAAUAAGAAAUACAGUAACAUUUCCAUCUUGCUCACUGAGCAGAUAAACUUAUACCUAAAGAUGGAGAAGAAGCCAAACAAGAAAGAACAGCUGUCUCUGGUAAACAACGUUUUGAAACUAUCUACAAAGCUACUGAAGGAGCUGGAUACUCCAUUCAGGCUGUAUGGGCUGACCAUGAACCCAUUAAUCUACAACAUAACACGUGUUGUAAUACUCUCUGCUGUCUCAGGUGUCAUAAGUGAUCUUCUAGGAUUCAAUAUCAGAUUAUGGAAAAUUAAACCAUGAACUGACUG